AUGUCCAAAGCUGACGGGAAAGUUGACGGGAAGAUGAAAUUGCGUAGAAGGUCGAAAUUGGAACUGGAACGACAUCGGCUAAAGGAAAAACAAAAAGAGAGAGGAGAUGGUCUGUUACCUUGUUAUAAAGAAUUUUGGAGAGGGGCUUUGGCUCUUGGAGGAAAUAUAGGGAUUAAAAAUUUUGAUAUCGAUAUCGAUACGGACAUUGAUAUUGGUUCGGGUCAAGCUGAAAAGUGUUACAGGUAUGCUCAAGGUAUUAGUAAUCAUGGACAUAGAUAUGAGCGACCUAGGGUUAGUGGUAGUAGGGAUGGGCAGAAGAAGGAGGCAAAACGGUUGUUAACUUCGAAACCAUUACUCUUAUCUCCGUCGAAGAAGGAUGGUUGGACGACUUCUUCAAAGGUGUCAAUUGGUGAUAUUUCAAAUACAGGAUCACCUGAUCCCAACGGUUCAUCAGCACACUACCGUAGACACACCACUACCUCCAUCUCAUUGAGAUCACCAUCGGGAUCGUCUUACACCCUCGAAACGGGAUCCGGAUCCGAAUCGUCUCACUCUGCUUCCUUCAACGCUAAGGAUGACGAGCAAAGUCCAAUUCCGUACUGUAGGACCACGACGCCCCAGCUUCCCCAGCAUCCUGACGACAUCGACAUGCCUGUCGCUGGACCUUCAUCAAGACAAUACUUGACAAGAGCGAUAGCACAGGGGAUAAAUCUUCAAUCCAUAUCGGAAGGUUAUAGAUUGCCGUGA